CACCUAACCGGAUCUCUCGUCAACCCAGCGACGCGUCGCCGCCCUCCUCGGCGUCAGCAUCAGCUUAGCUCCUAUAAGCGCAAAGAGCGGCCGCCGAAAAACCCAUCAACGAAAUUCGGAGCCCGCCGCCGGCUGCCGCUCCGCCCCUUUCGCUCGAGCGCUUCCACUCCGCCGCGGGGGCGGCCGAAGGAAGGCGGCCGGGCUCAAGUGGUGGACCAAGAUGGAGGCGGCAGGGGAUGGCUCCAUGGGCAUGUUCCGAGCAACGCCGGAUGCCGCCGCCGGCAUCGGCAGAUCUGCUGAGGUUGCUGCUCUCCUGAACAAGAUGGUGGAUGGUCUGGGAGCAACGGUUCUGCACAUCUCCGGGACCGAAUUCACAGUCCAUCCAUCAACUCACCUUUUGAUACAAGCCCUGCAGAAUUACUCUCGAAGCACAUAUUUGGUGGAGCCAGUGCAUCACACCACUGACCCUUGCUCUCACAUGGUCGAUUGCUGGGCAGCCAAGCUCGAGGAAGAUGCAGAGAUGAUACGCCAAGGCGAAAAGGGUGUGAAAUACAUAUUCCUUAUGAAUAACACAUGUCUUGUUUUGCAAAUGAUGGGGCAUCCAGGGGCAGCAUCUUUCGCCGGUGCUCAAGAAUUGGCGAGUAGGCUGACAUCAAUGGUGGAGCUGUACAAGAAGUGCUACUUGGACGAGUGUUGGGCUCCUCUGCAUCGCUUAAACUUGGACAUGUUUGCUGCUGAAUUUCGUGCCACCUGUGACUGCCAGUCGACAUGGAAGGUCGGAGCUGACUCAGGGCCGUCCUUUUCGUUGAAACGAAUGGUGUUUGGAGGGAAGAAACAAAAGAGGUAUGAUACUGGUGCCCAACUGGAAGGGAAGAUAAGAGGAUUGUUUGAGGGAUGA